AUGGCAACCCCUUUUUUUCUCCUGCUCCUAGUUUCUGUAAAUUUAGCAACUGGAACGGAUUUUUCAUGUCCGACGAAUCCAAUACUCAGAGAAAGUGGAACGUUUCCAUCUGAUGAAAAAACAUUGGUAACGUUUCCAAACAACUAUAACUGUGAAAUCAAGUUCCAAAUUGAAGAUGGAUUUGUUUUUCGACUGACAAUAGUUGCAAAUGUGUCAGUGGGAUCUGGAGAUUCAUUGACUGUUACAGAUGCUCUGGGAAAACAGACGACAUACACUGAUGAUGCUUCUCUGUUUGUCGCUGCUCCCAAAACAGCAAGUGUUAAAAUUAGCACGACAUCUGGAAACUCCCAGUUCUGGUUCAGAUAUACUUCCGAAUAUGUAGCUCUUAAUGAGCAGACUAAAUAUCCAACUGGGUCUCGAAUGGAUCUUCGCUUCUUGCCUUUGAACAAAAUCUACACGUUUAUAUCGCCUUAUAACGAUCAAGUGGUGCUGAACACCGCAACUAUAGACAAUAUAAAUUUGGUGGAUGUCAGUUUGAGGUACAUUUAUGUCUAUGAUGGUCCAGAUGUAAAGUCUCCAUUUGUUGGAAAUCUAUAUGACUAUGUGACGUCUACGAAACUGUCGAGGUCCAGUGGAAACGCCACAACUUUGAUAAACUAUUAUGGACAACAUACAUUUUCUCAUGCAUUGGCCAACGACUAUAAAUCAAUCACACCAUAUGAUACAUAUACAUUUGUGGUUUAUACAACUUACGUCACUAUCCCCAAAAAUUUCAUGGAUGGAGUUUCAAAUGCUUACACUUUUUAUUGCAUCAGAAGUGACACUUCGUUUUUGACUGAUUUAAAUUUUGGAAGCAAUUCAUUCAAAGCUGAUGUUCGUCCAUUAACACCAUCGGAUACAAACAAUGUUUUACUGUCUUAUUUAUCAACUGAUCCUGUUAACCUGUGCAUGCCUCAAAUCAUUCCCGGACGUAUAUUCACAAUGGUUACGCUUGGUCCAGAACUCUCAAUUUCACUUUCUACAACUGCUGAUAACUGGUUAACUGUUUACAAUGGACGUUUAGGAUAUAUCUUCUCGGCUUCUCUGUGGUCUCCGGGAGCUCUUCCUGCGUACAACUACACUUUCGAAUCUACUCAACUCAUGACAUUUACAUUCAAUUUCCCAUCUGUCAUUAUUCACCAAGCUGGUGAAGUCAUAAACGUCAAAGUUGGGACUCCCGGAUCUCAACCAGCAAGUGUGACAUUCACUCACACAGUUACUAAUCCUGGAACACGAGUAGCCAAUGGAACUUAUCUAACAGCGAGUUACAUUGGAAACGAACCAUCAUCUUCAUCGAUUAUUAGCUUCCAAAUGAAAAGAGCUGAUGGAACGGGACCAACAAAUGCUCCGAUGACAACUGCUACUCACAUCGAAACCACAACCAAAAUUAGUAACAGUUAUAGCCUGGUUAUUGUAUUUAUUUUAAUCGUUUUGAAUCUUUUGUAG